AUGGAGCUGUACCUCAGCUGCUCCAAGCCUGACCAUGUCGCCGUCACCAAGACGGUCGCCAGCGUCCUGGCCGCAGACAGAGAGCAGUGCGGAGACGGCGUGCACAACACCCACUUUGUUGGAGCUGCUCAGCUAUUGGAUCUACCUCUCGGGGUCAAGCUGCCUGUGAUCCCCGGAAGCAAUGCUGUGUACUAUACUACAAAUAUCGGUGAAAAGCUUGUUCGACCUUCUUAUGGUUUUAACCUGACUGAUCCUUAUUGUCGACUUUUGGAAAACCAAUAUAACAGCCUCCAUGAUCCACAUUUAAAAGCAUACUAUAAGCGCAAAGAUAUUCUGAAGAGAUUAAAGAAAGGUGGCUAUGUCACCAGCAAUAAUAAAGUUGUAUGUACUUUGAGAGAAUUUAAUAAGUACAGGCAAUACCUUACCAGUUUAAAAUUAGACUUUGAAAGAAACUAUAUAAGAGAACAAAAAAUACUUGUGAAACAACUAUAUAACGUACCAGAAAACAAUCAAAUCCCUCAAUAUUCUGAUGUUGCCCAAGUCCAGAACUGGUUGUUAAAGGAGGGCACUGAAUCUGUCAAGGACCAGGAGCGGUUAACGAGGCAUAGAUAUUUGGAUAUGAUAAGUAGAAAACUAGAACAACUUGAACGCACAGCAGAAGAACAAUGCCUAUACCUGAUGGAUAGAGAAAAAAGACGACAGCGGGAACACACAAGAAGAAAACUUGCUCUUCGUAGAAAAAUCGAAGAGGAAUGGAAGGCAAAAGAAAUGUUACUUCUGACAAAGAUGGCAGAAGAUGUUAAAAGAGAAGAGAGGAUAAAAGAAAAACGGCAUAGAAACAGAAAAAAGAGUGUCAGAAAGAAACAAGAACUUCUAGAGAAAAAAAUGGCUUAUCAUUUACAAAAAAUGCAAGAUACUGGCAUUAAAGAAGAUAUGGGGAAAAAUACAUUGAAGUACAAAGGUCAAGAUGGAACAACACAUGCUUCUCCAAAGAAUAAAAGGAAGACUUCUGAAGAUAUCAUAUUAGUUUAUCCUGCUGGAGACGAGAAUACAUAUGAAAAAAUAUCUGGAAAUACAGCAACUGCUGGUCAUCAGAAUCAAAAUAGUUCAGAGAAUUUUAUUAAAAAAACCUCAACUUCUGUUGUUCAGGAAAAUGUGCAGUAUAAUGGUGUAAAUCAAAAGAGAGAUGGGAUGAUAUCUAAAAACUCAAGUAUUGUCAAUGAUAGAGGAGAUACUAACAUUUCAGGCCAAGAUUCAAUUAUUUCAGCUCAGGCAUCACCCACAAGAAAUUUAUCCAGACUUUCACAGGCAUUUUUGGAUCCUUCAAAAGAAGAGGAGACAAAUACUAAUCAUAAUGGAAAACCAACCAAGAGAUCAAGCUAUCUCUACAAAUCAGGACCUCAGGCUCAGGCUACAGACCCGGGUAUAUUUUCUUCUCCUGUUAACACAAAUAUGCAACAGAAUCCACCACAAAAUUGCUUGCAAGAAAAAGUAACUUCUGAAGAACUGAUUAUUAUAAUUCAGAAUAUAAUGACCUGGGUUGUGGCUACAGUGACUAGCAUAUUGUACCCAGCCAUCACAAAGUAUGAAGAAAGAUUGAGAAAUAAUACAUACCCAGCGUCCGAUAACUCCAUCCUCUCUUCAGAUAGUUCAAGUUUCUGUAGCACAUGCAGUGAAGACUUUGCAGAUAGAACCUACACAUCUUCAACAACUAAAACAUUUCAGGCAGAACCCUGUGCAUUUGCAGUUGACCUGUCAGUAAGGAGACCAACCACACCAAUAACUCCUGCACAUAAGGAAAGAACUGUUGUCGGGAAAACCUAUCAUGCAAAAGGACAAUCUAUAACUUCUACACUUAAAUAUAAUAAAAGCAACGUGCUAUGUUCAUACCCUAAGCUCAGAAGUUGUAAAUCAGAUAGUCAUCUUUUAGCAUCAUUUGAAACAAGCACAACAAAGUCUAAGGAUGCUACUACUGAAACAGAUAGCCUAGGGAGUUCACUGAUUUGUGAUAAAAAAGCAAAAGCCAUAGAUGAAAUGAAGAAUUUAAAAAAUGUUUUUGUUAACUUUAAAUGUCACUUGAAAGAGAAAACUAAAGUGAUUUUAGAAAGCAUCUUUCGUGAAAUAAUAUCUGAUUUAACCCAGGCCAUUCCCUCUCUCUCUUCUGUUACUGCUGAAGUUUUUGUUGAACAAUGUGAAGGUGAAAAAGAAGACUUGCCCUCCAAUGUUGAUAUUUGCUCAGUUGCUUCUGAGAUUGUGGAAAAUAUGCUUGAGAAGUUAGAGUCUGCAGUGGAUAAAAAAUGUGUUGAGAUGUUUUCACAAGAUGUACCAGUCAACAUUAAACCAAGCUUAACAGCCAGUGAUGAACAUCUCCCAUCAUCAAAUAAAAAACCUUUGACUGAUUCAAUGCCUUGUACUUUGGACCCGAUGUAUGAUAUUGCAGAGGACAUGGUGCAUGCCAUUUUAGAAAAGCUGAUGUCUCUUACUUCUUCUAAGCGAAAUGAAUUUCUUCUACUUAAAGAUUCGACUAAGCUUUCCUGCCAGCAACAUAAGACAGACCCAGUAUGUAUGUUCCUUCAGAGAGCUGGCAAAAAUAAAUCUAGUCUUGAAUCUGACGCAGCUAGUUUAACUGUCAAUGAAGAAAUACAAAAUUUACUAUCAAAUAUUUUUUCCCAGUCCUCUUUGAUUGGUUAUAUAGAGGAAGCAAUUAGUGCUAUACUAGGUUAUAUACAAACUGAACUAAAUAAUGAGAGAAUUAUUGCAUCUGAAGAAACAGUAGUUCAGCUACUUGAUGAUAUCCUUGCUCAGCUCCAUCAGGAACCAGCAAAGAAAAAUUUUCAAAAAUGUAGACAACCUAGAAUAAGUAGUCCUUCUGACACCAAAGAAAAGUACAGACUCGCUGGCACUAGAUUAUCUAAUAGUCCUAGGUCUAGAAGACCAUUUCUACCUAUAAAUGUUCCAGGCAUACUUCUUUAUUCUGAAGAUGAGGAGAUAGACAAUAUUGUAAAAACUGUGCUUGAUUCAGUUUUCAAAGAUGAAAAAGCAAAAUCACAAGAACAGAUUCCUGAUAAUUCAUUUACAAAGGGAAACACUUGUUUUGAAUACAAAAGAAAUACCAAACCACCUACAAAGCCUGUUUCUAGAAGCCAAGUUGCAUUUCCUGAUUGGGAAUUAAAGACUGAGCCACCAUCUCUUAAUCAUAAUGAUACUUUAAAGAAAAAACUUUGUUUGAAUAAAGUUAUUUUGACCUUCAGCCAAGACCAAAACAAGGCUUCAGAAAACAUAGUCACAAGUGUUUUAAAAGAAAUGCUCACGGACGUAUCUUCUGUUCCUCCUGGUCAUUUCAACAGCAAAACUGGCAAUGAAGCUUCAGUUCUUGCUUCACAAAAGCCUCAAGGACUGUCACAUCAAGAAUGGAUAGACCAGCUGUUUUCUGUUUCAGAAAUCAACACAGUGGCUCAAGAAAUAAAAGAUUCUGUGUCGAACAUACUUCAUAAGGCACCAAACUACAUUUCCAAUACCACUAAAAGUUGCAUUUCAUCAUCAGUUCAUCAGACUUCCUUAGAUAGUUCUGACACUGCACAUGGAGGCAAAGAAGCACCAAAUAAAUGUUCAUUAAAAACAUGGUUUGACAGUGAAAAGAAAAUGCAAUAUUUAUCUUCAUUCAAUAUUGAUUCUGAAAAGCCUUCCUGGUUAAAAUCUGGAGAAAGUGAACUUAAACCUGUAGAUGACAUUAAUGAUAAACUAAAGUUAUUUAUUUGUCCAAAAUUGCAUAUGGGCUUCAAAUCUUUACUACAAUCUCAACUUAGUAAGUACACAGCUAAAAUAGUGAACAUUGUUUUAUGUGCUAUCCAGAAUGAACUGGAACUCCGUAAGAAAAACCUAAAUUUUAUGGAGAUUGACCAUACCAAAUCUCUUAUAGCUAAUACUAAAAAAUUAGAAUCUCUUGUCACAAGUAUUGAUGAUGACAUUUUGGCAAGUCCAUUAUUAACAUGUAUUUAUGAUAUGUUAUCCAGCAAAAAUGCAGAUCAAAGAAACAUUUCACUUUCUUCAUGUAUGCAAAAGUCUGCAAAUGACAGUGUUGAUGAACAAAGCAUUUUGCCAAAUAGGCAGGAUAAAAAAUCUUUUCACAAAUAUAUGGCUACUCCUUGUGCUCUCCACAGUGUCAAUGAUGAAAAAGGUACUCAAAAUAAUGCAAAAUUGGAAGUGUUAGAUAGAAUUGGGGAAACACUGUUAAGCAAGCUCCUGGGAAGCCAAGAGACUACCAAUAAGAAUCAGAAAAUGGCUGCUGCAUUGCAGUGUAAUAUUCAGUUAAUUUCCAAAGCAAUUUUUGAUUAUAUCCUUGCAAAAUUAUCUGGUAUUGACAUGGAUACCAGUUUUGCAAGUUGUGGAUUAAAAGCCAUCUCAGAGUCUCUUGACAUUGACAACCCAUCAUUUGCUUCAAUUAUUGAGAAAAUGGCCAAAUCUACCAAAAUAAUCUCCAGCAUAGUUUCCAAAAUGGUUCAGGAGGGCAAUAAAGAGGGAACUCAAAGUAAAGCAAAACCUGUUGCUCCUGUGUCUUCCAAAGCAGAGAGCCCAAAAGAAAUGCAUCCAAAUAAACUGAAAGCUGUAGCUUCAGACAUUCUUAAUAUGGUUUUUGCUAAACUGAAAGGGUUUGCCGAUGGAUAUUUAGAAAUUCUGGAUGCUAUUAAUGAUGAAAAUAAGAAAAGCAAUAAGAUGGGCUGGGAAAGCACCAAUAUUUUCAGAGACACACAUGAAGAAUCAUUUUUGUCUGCUUUAUACACACCUGCAAAGAAGGUAUCAAGUGCUAUCUUGAAGGCUAUUCAAACAGAAUUAAAUGUGACUUCAUCGGACUUGAGGACAAGUGUAAAAUCCCUACCACCUGAGACUCAGAUUCUUACGGAUGUAGUCAAAUUAAUUUUAGAUGCACUAUCUUCAGAUAUGUUUAAUGAAACUGAAUCCAAAGAGGGAGGCAUUGAAACUUAUCGAUACAGGCCAACAUAUGGAAGUCUUCCUGGAGGAGCUGAAUCAGAUUCAUUUCUAGAAGAUGAGGCAUAUACAGAGAAAAAAAUUACUGAUGAUAGAUCACUACAAAGAGAAGAAACGAACACACAUUCUCUUAAACAAUGGGCUCUAGAAAAAACCUUAAACAAAAUUGAAGUAAAACUCAAAGAACCAAAUAUAUCUCCAAUUGCUCCCAUCAUGAGAAAUAUUUUGAAUGAAAUUUUUCAAAGUACUUUAAUCAAUCAAUUAAAUGUGCUUUCUCUCUCCCACUCUCAUUUUAAUGGCAUGCCUCACAAUGUUGAUGCGCCAGUUGCCCAAACACCUGUUCAAUGUAUGGAUAAAAUGAUGGAUCCUUUAAUUUCUGAAGCAGAUAUAACCAUAGUAACAGAAAAUAUUGUUAAAACUGUAUUUCACAAACUUUAUUCAGCUGCCAUGACAGAAAGAAAUGUAAGGAAAAAUAGGUAUAAAACUAUGAAUUUUUCAGCAAAUAUUUCUUUUCAUGAACACACCUAUGAAGGAAAGUCCUCUGUCACUGCAUUGGAUAAAAAUCCAUGUGCUUUUCAGUCUAGAUUCAGUGUAGCUGACAAAGAGGCAAAGGUAAAUGUAGUUGAAGAUAUUGUACAGGCAAUAUUAACAAAUUUGGAAACGUUUGCUACUUCCAAAGUAAAAUCUCUCUUUUGUUCCCAAGUCAACAUUACAGUUCCAGUGCAAGAUCAGAGUACAUUGAGCAAAGCAUUAUCAGCCAAAGAUCCAUAUUCUGAUGAGCAGUUUUCCUAUUGCUCAGUAGAUUAUACUAAGUCAGGAGAGACCAACUUGUGCCAACUGUCUUUGUCUAAAUUAAAUACUUAUGCACAACAAGUGGCUAGAAAAAAUUUACAAGAAAUUAAACAUGAAUUAGAUAAAGAAAAGGAAAAUCAUUUCUUAACUCACGACAUUGGGAUUUCUAAAAGUAUUGCAAGUCAAAUUGUUAACACAGUGUUAGACAUUAUAUCAUGUAAAGGCAAGUGUAACAAAAACAGUUCUGAUAAUGAGAUUGAUUUGGAUCAGCAAAAAGGUGUUAUUGAAAAGCUGCUCAAUAAAACCGAAUAUCAAAAAGCACUUCAGUUUCAAAUACAAGCUACAAUUGAAGGAAUCUUAUGUGAUAUUUAUGAGAAAACCCUGUUUCAGAAUAAUCUGUCAUUUGCCACACCCACUCUGAAAUGAGCUGAUAAAUAUUCAAAAGAAAGUUCUGAAAUGUUCAUGGAAGGUGCAAAUAAGUUUAUUCCUAAGCUUUCAGUUCCUAAAUCAGAUGUCAUUUUGAUAUCCAAUGAUAUCGUGAAUAUUGUUCUUCAUAAUCUCAGUUCUGCUGUCAUGCUUAUCAUAAAUGCAAAGAAUCCUACUUCUGCAACAUUGCCCCUGACCUUUCCGGAUAUGUUUCCAAAAAUAGACUGUCAACAACCUCUUAGGGGGUCAAAAACUGAAAGAAAAACAGAGUGUUAUUUAUAUUCAAGAAAUCAGAAAUCAGCUUAUGCUGAUGAUAAUCAUUUAACUGUAGUAGAGAAAGAAGACAUCCAGAAAUUUGCUGCUGAUUCAUGUGAAGAAAAUGCUAACUUCAUUACUAAAACUAUUUUUAAUCGUUUAGAAUCUUUUGCCACAAAAAGAGUUGAUUCAUUAAUUGCCCUUGCUUUCCAACAUAAAGAAAAGUCAUUUGUUAUCCCAGUGGAAAAUUGUAAACAAAAUGACAGCAUCUUUUAUGAUUCAAGCCAAGUGGAAUCAGAUGUGAAUGUCCUGAAAAUAUCAGCAACUGAAACCAAUCUUAGCCAAGAGCUCACAGAUUUCACUUUUGCCAGUCAUGGAGAAAAACUUGGAUCCACAAUUCACCUAUCACAAGCUAGCCUUAAGACAUAUGCUGACAUCAUUGCCAAUGCCAUUUUGAAGCUUAUUCAAAAUGAUUUAGACUUAGAAAUUCAAAAGAUAUAUUCAUAUUCAAACAAUAUUUUGUUCGAAGAAAACAUCAUUGUGAGUGCAAUUGUUGACAGUAUGUUAAAGACGUUAGAUGAUAAAAGAUCUGUAAAGGAAAUUGGUUUCAAUUCAAAAGAUAAUCCUAACGUCUCACAGUUAACUUUAUCAAAUGAAAUAUUGCUGGGGCACAAAGAGAAGCAAAUAAAUACCAAACAAUCUCUGUUUACAAAGUAUCCAUUAGAACAAAACUUGGAAAACAAAAGCCAGAUAAUUGUUUUGGAAGAAAUAUUUAUGAGAAAUGGAGAAUCAAAACACAAAGAAAAAGUUGAACUGCUCAGUGCAGUGGAAGAACUUUUGAAUAAGUUGUAUCAAAGAAUAAUGGAAGUCAUAGGCUAUUUGCCUCCAUUUAAUGAAACUUCUCACUUUAUAUCUAAUUCUAAAAUUAAAACACUAGACACAACACAGAAGAACAGUUUUCAAUCACAUAUUAACAGUGUAGCAAAUGACAUAGUUGAAAGUGUUUUGGGGAAAAUGUACUUGGUAGUUGUGACAUCAUUAUAUGAAAAUAAAAGUAGGAGAGAAGUUGAAACAUCUCACUGCAAUGAUUCCUUACCAAUGAAACCAUUAAGGUUUAGAGAAACUAAACAAGCAGGAAAAAUAAAUAAUUCCCCUAAAUAUGUGAUACCACAGGCUUUUUCUUAUGCAGACAAUCAAAAUAUCUCUGUAAUGGAUUUACCAUUGCAAGUGAAGAAAGACUUAAUUCAAAUGGUUCUCAAUAAGAUUACAAAUUUUGUCUCACUUCAUCUAGAAGAGAGUUUGUCCCCUGAACAUUGUGCUGAUAAGUUGAAGCUUUUAAGGCCACACACUUUUAAGGUCAACCCUAAGGACAGCCCUAAGCCAUGCUUUCAAGCAAAUUCAAAAGCAAGAUCAAAAAUUACCACUUUGCCUAAAUUUACAAAAAAAGCACACUUAGGACUGAGUGCUGCUAAGGCCAAAAGCAAAACCAAGUUAGGUCUUAGAGAGGAGACCCCAAAGGACAGCCAAUCCAAAACUGCCAUUGGGUUGUCACACAUCAUGUCAACUGGAGACGCCAAAAACUUACUAGAUGCAAAAUUGCCCACUUCAGAACUAAAAAUAUAUGCCAAAGAUAUAAUAAUUAAUAUCCUGGAAACAAUUGUGAAGGAAUUUGAAAAGGUAAAGCAAACCAAAGCCUUACCAUGUGUAGCAGCAGGUAAAAUAGUUAAUACAGUUUUGCAAGAAUUAUAUGUUACAAAUAACUGCAAUUUGGCUUAUCCAAUCAAAUCCUCACAUCUCAAACUUUCACAGGGGAAUAUAAGCCCAGGAUCCCUUGUGAAACAAGAAUGUUUUUACUUGGAGAACGUUUCUUCACAGCUAGAAUACAUUUUUCCUAGAGAAGGUAUAUUUAAAAAAUUGUUUGAGAAGUGGCAAACAGAAUCAAAUGACAAGGAAAAUGAAAAGUGUAAGCUACUGAUGAUAGCCGAAAAUGUUUUGAAUGAAAUUUCAAUAAAAGCAAACGAAUUAGUAUAUUCUCUUUCACUUUUAAAUUUGCCACCUCUUGAGAAUUGUGAAAGCAGGCUAUAUAAUCAUCUUAAAGGAGCUUCUACUGGAGCUGAGGAUAGCAAAGCACAAAUUAAUAUGUUUGGAAGAGAAAUUGUUGAAAUGCUAUUUGAAAAAUUACAGCUUCCAACUCCAGAUAGUAAAGAGACUCUAGCAGACAGUAAAGAAUACAUUACAGCUAAAAAUAAAUAUGGUUUUCCAAACAAGCAUAGCCUCAGAAGUUUACCAAUCUAUAACACAAAGACAGAAGACCAAAGUUCUAUGGGCUCUAGCAACCACAUUGUUCAAGAGAUUGUAGAAAGGGUUUUAAACAUGUUAGAGUCAUUUGUAGACUUGCAGUUUAAACCUAUCUCCAAAUAUGAGUUUUCUGAAAUUGUGAAAAUGCCUAUAGAAAAUCUUUUUUCUACCCAACAGAAACUAUUAAACAAAGAAAUGUUGCCAAAAUUACAACCACUUAAAGUGUUUCCUGAUGAAUCCAAGUCAAAUACUAUUAUUUUUAAGGAAAACAUACAGGAUAUCCUUCUACGGAUUCAUUCAUUCCAUUCACAAUUACUGACAUAUGCUGUUAAUAUCAUCAUUGACAUGCUUGCUGUAAUUAAGAACAAGCUAGACAAUGAAAUGGAACCAUCUUCAAUUAACAUAUUGAAAGAGAACAUUGUAGCAAGUGAGAUCAUUGGCGCACUAAUACACCAGUGUACUUAUUUCAAUGAGUCUUUGAAACAAAACCCUUCAAAGGAAAGUUUAUUCCAUGGUGCUGAAAAUGCCUACGUUGUUAAUCAGCUUGUAUUAGCAACUAAUAUGAAAACAUUCACCUCAAAGUUAAAGGAAGGUGGUUUGGGGAUUCAUCCUUCACAAGUGACUAUAACUGACUUUAUGUUUUGUUCAGAUGAAGAUAUGAAAGAAAAGUACAGGGUUUUAUCAAAUUUACCCACCUCUGUCAGAUCCUCUGUAGAAGACAGAUUUAAAAACUCAGAGCCAACGAAAAGGCCUGAUUCAGAAACUAUGCCAUCAUGUUCUAGAAACAAAGUACAAGACCACAGCCCAAGGAAAUCUAACUUUGGUCAUUUUGAUGAGAUCACGAAAGAAAAUAACUCCCUCCCUGAAGGCAGUAAAAAGCUGUUUAGGAAAGCAAGCAGCUCCACAGAAACAUCGUUAAAGCAAGUCUUGUCAUUCAGAGAAAUGGGAAAAGGUGAAAAUCUAAGAGCGUUUCAUUAUGAUACCCUAAAACCAGUUGUUGAACCAAAUCAAAUUCAGACAACCGUUUCUCCACUCAAAAUAUGUUUAGCUGCAGAAAAUAUUGUCAAUACUGUGCUAUCCAGCUGUGGCUUUCCAAGUCAACCACGCACUAAUGAGAAUAUGGAAAUAAUGAAGCCAUUUUUCAUAUCAAAACAAAGCUCUUUAUCUGAAGUAUCUGGAGGACAAGAGAGUAAGGAAAAAAGUGUUCUUAGAAUGCAGGAUAAAAUAAUCAGCUAUAUAUCUGAAGAAGAAAACAAAAACCUUGAAGCCAGCAGGGAAGAUUCUUCUUUCCUGCAGAAAUUGAGAAAAAAGAAUUACCCAAACAUAGAGACUCUGAAAGAAGUUGAAGUCUUUACUUUUGCAGCAGGUCCCAAUGAAGUUCAUCUGAUAGCAAGACAUGUCACCACAUCUGUGGUCACAUAUUUGACGAACUUUGAAACUAGAGUUUUUAGUGAGGAGAAGAUGUCUACGGUUUCUACAUGGUCAAGGAAAAAGUAUGAAUCAAAACAGCCCCUAGGAAACAUAUAUAAUGAUUCCUCAAUUUAUCAUUGUUGUGAAUAUCUCACUAAAUCAGUACUUUAUCAUUUAACUUCAAGCAUUUCUAAUGGCACCAAGAAGGGUAGAGAAAAAGAGAAAGCAUGGGAAAUUCAUGAAGAAGCAUUUAUCAAGAUUAUUUCAAUUCAUUCUCAAGUGUUUGCGAACAUUUCCAUUGGAAAACUUGCUUUAUGUAUUUCUGAAAUCAUUAUUAAAAUCCUUUUUAAUAAUAAAAUUAUACAGGCUGACAUUGCACAGAAAAUGGUUUCCAUACCAACAAAAUACAUUUACUGUCGAGGAAUAGCUUCUAGUGGCUUUGAUGACCUCUUUCAGGAUCUCUUAUUAGGAGUGAUUCAUGUACUGUCCAAAGAAAUAGAAAUAGAUUAUCACCUUGAAAAAAAUGGAAGAAACAAAUCAUUUUCUAUGCAUAGAAAUAAUAGUGUUUACAUUUGCAACAAAAUCAACAGACAGGCAGGCCCCAGAGACUGGAAGUUAUCAAUGAAACAAAUUGAUCAACUUUUUCAAAAAAAUAAAUUAAAUUACCUUGCAUGUAAGUUAAACAGCCUGGUUGGUAACCUAAAAACCAGUGAAUCCAAAGAAGUUGUCAAUAAAGUUUUUAAUAUUGUUUCAGAUUUAUUUUCACCAGAUGAAUGCCUAGAUAGGACAGAUUCUGGUAAAUUACAAGGAACAUUUGUCUCCUCCUCAAAUAAUGAACAACCUAAUAGCAUAUUUAGAAAUAACUCACAGCUCUCCUCAAAAUCAGUUUUUCUUCUAAGUGUUGUAUGUGAGAAACUUAUCAGAAUACUUUUGGAAGAAUGCACAAGCAAUGUCUUUCUUGAUAAUGGAUCUCUUUCAGAGGAAACAUCAGCAGAAGAAUGUCAACUUUUAAACAUGCUUCAAAGUAUAGAAGAUGGAAAAUCUGAUUAUUGUAACAGAGGAAUGAACUGUGAAUGCCUUCAAGGAGAUUACAUGUCAGACCUUUUGGAAAAUGUGGCAGAAAUUGAUCAAGACUUACUGUCAUCAGACUCUAUGCUUACUAUUAUUUCCCACAGCUUGGUUAAAUCAUUGAUGAACAAAUUAUCUCACAGUAUACAACAAGCUCCCGAAAGUCUACCUUUUGCAAAUGAGCAUUUGAACUACCAAACUCACAAAGCAAGAAAGCCAGAAUUAACAGAAUUAAGACAAAGUAAAUAUUCUUUAGGACUCAGGAGUUAUGACAGUAAUUCUUUGACAGUAUCCCUGAAUAAUCCCAAUGUGGUUAGCUCCAAAAUGCAAGCACCAUUUGGCAAGCAUUGUGCAGUGAAAUCCUCUUCCAUGUCAUCACUUGAAAGCCAGAGAACAAAAGAAAUGGAUAAUGUAGCCAUUCCUAAUAAGCUACAUCAGGAAGGUAUAUAUGCUGGUGUUUAUUCAGCCACAUUUUUGGAAGGAAUAAUUUCAGAAUUGUUUUUUAAUCUCUCUACUGCAUUGUGGGGCAAAAAUAAAAACAUCACUCUGUCCUGGCUCAGUGAGAUGAAUACAUUAUUUGUCAACAACGUAGUGAAUGAAUUUAAUAAUGCUCAAGUCACUGUUCUACGGAAUGCUGAAGAAAGACUGUGUUUUCCACCAGUUCAUACAGAAACUGUUAACAAAAUUGUCACCUCUUAUUAUGAUGUUUUACAGCAGUAUGAAUUAAAAGUAGCCUGCAGUAAUGAUCUGGUAUAUGACAAUGCCUCAAUAGCAGAACAAAUAACAAAUGGCAUAUUGUUAGAGGUUUUAGACUACAAACUGCCAUCUUUCCUCAGGGAAUUUCUCAUACCCCAUUCAUGUUACCCUCUCAAACCUGAAAUUAUAUUGCAAAAGCUUCAAAAUAACCUGAGAGAAUUUGCUUCCCUACCCAGGUCUUCAUCAGACUAUAGUACCAUGUUAUCACAUUCAUUUUUAGAAGAUGUCAUCAGAAGGCUUUUAUCUCGGCUCAUUCCUCCACCCAUUACAUGUUCCCUUUUAGGAAAAAAACAUUUAAUGGGUUCAGAUUUUAAUGAAAUGUCCACCUGUAUAGUAAAUAAGGUUAUGUCAGCCAUUUCAAAACAUAAAAUCUGGUUGACAAUAUAUGAUAAUAAAUAUCUAUACACUGGAAAAAACCUACAGAAGAUGGUUUAUGGUAAUAUUUUGCAAAUGUCUGACUCUGUUGUUUCUAUACAGAAAAGUAUAGUAAGCCAAAACCCAAUUAUGGUUGACCAAAUAGCCGGUUUUAUCAUCCAAGAGAUUAUUGAAAAUCAUCUUCAACCAUUGAGUGGAGAGGUUUUAUGUCAUUCAAAGAAUCCACUGGAUCCAGUAUCUACUAUGGUUAAACAGGUUCUGAGUGAAGUGACAGAGUUACACAGACCUCAGAAGCAAUCACCUUCAAGUAUUCCCCCUUAUUCAUUUGUAAAGGAGAUUGUUGCCAGACUUUUGUCAAAGAUUUUCACCCCAAACCAUAACACCAAAAUUGAGUUGAAAAACAUGACUCAAAGAAUAGUAAACUCUGUAAAUAGCCAUUUUGAUAAAACUAAAAUUCACACUCUCUGUGAUGACAAAGAACAAUCUUUCUCCUCUUUCAAUACAGAUAUUGUGGAUGAACUUGUCACCUCAGUUUACAGAAAUGCUUAGCAUGGGCUAGACCUUGCUAUUGAUAAAGAGUCUGAAGAUAGUGGCAUUUUUGUGGAAAAUAUUACCAAUCUAAUUGUAGCAGCUUUUUCAGACUACCUUCUUCAUCCUCUGUUUUCUGGGAAUUUGUCAGCUUCUACUGAUUCUAAUUCAGUGGCUGAGAAUAUUGUUCAGGACAUCCUUACUAACAUCAGUAAAUCUACUGAGCCAAGCCAGAGUUUACCUCUAUAUAACACCUUGCUGCCAUACACAUUUUUAGAAGAUAUGAUCAGAGUACUAUUAUCUAAAUUAUUUUCUUCUGCAUCUAGCCUGGCUCUAAACAGAGAAACCCAAAAAGAUUUGUCAAGAUCGAAUUUCAAUGAAACUGCUUCAAACAUAAUUAGUGAUAUUAGGUUGAAAAUUUCUCAACAUAAAAUUCAAUUUUCAAAAGAGGAAGAAAAAAACAAAUUUAUUUAUUCAGAAGAUGAUAUUCAGCACCUUGUUGACUCAGUAUUUGAAAAUGUGCAAACUUCUGGGUCUCAAGAAUCAGCUGCGCAAAAUAUCACAAGCAGUAAUGAUGUUCUUAUUGAAAUAAUAGCAGGCUUCAUCAUUAAACAUGUAUGUCAAAAACAUCUUCAGCCAUUUGUGAAUGGAAAAUCAUUACCUUCAUCAGACACAUAUUUUGAUGAUGAGAGAAGGCAGUUAUUUUAUACCAGUGUUUACUCUUCAACAUUCUUGGAAGAUGUAAUCUCUGGAGUUUUAAGAAAAAUAUUCCAUCGGGUAGUAGGCAUUGUACAAACAAAAUCCAUGGGAGACUCAGAAGAUGAACUGUUUGAGAAAGCUGAAGAACUCAUACAUUUGAUAACAGGGGAAUUCGCAAAAGCCCAAGUUACCAUUAUAGAUAAUACUGAGGAAAGAUUUUGUUUACCUCCAGUGGAAGGGGAUGCAGUCAAAACAAUUGUUGACAUGGUGUACAGCAAAGUUUUGCAAGAAUAUGAAAUGGAAGUAUUGCCAGAUUUUCUACAUGACACAAAGACAUUGGCUACCAGAAUAACUAGGAUCAUCCUGGCUGAAAUUUUUGAUUUCCAAAUUCAUCCAGAUGUUAUAGCAAGUCUGCCUUUUAAGUCACAUUCCAAACUCAGCACAAAUGUUUUAAUAAAGAGAGUUCAAGAUGAUAUAAGUAAAUCAAGAUUCCAAAGACAAGCUUCAACAACGUAUAUGUUAUCACAUAGUCAUUUGGAAAAAAUCGUCACUCAGCUUAUAUCUCAGAUGAGUCCAUUGGACACCAGUGCAGAACAGUCAGAUACUACUAAAUCAGACUUAAGUAAUACAGUGAUAAAACUGAUAAGUGAAAUUAUGUCAAUAAUUUCAAAACAUGAAAUAUGUAUUAUUAAAUAUGGGAAUAAAAGACAGAGUAUGAUUUCAGCAAAAGAUAUCCAGUCUAUGGUUGAUUCCAUUUAUGGCAUAAGUGACAUACCUGUUUCAAAAAUAGCAAGUUUUAUAAUAAAAGAAGUCUUUAAUCAUCAUAUUCAAUCAUUUUUAUCUGAAGAUAAAACUCUCCUUUUGGCUGCAGUUGAUCAAACUUACAAAUUGAAAACAAUAGAUCCUAAACAAAGAGAAUUAUCUUUUACUGUGAACUCAUCUGUCUUUUUGGAGGAAGUAAUUUCUGAACUUUUAUGCAAAAUUCUUUAUGCAUUUUCACAUAAUAUGUUGGUUACUGAAAAUCCAGAUAGAGUGAAACCUGAACUUACCAGCAUUGUUACAACGUUGGUAAAUUCAAUUGUUCUGGAGUUCACCAAAUCAGAGAUUUCAGUUGCAGAUAACUUUGAUGAAAAUUUACCUUUCUCAGAAAGAUAUAAAGAAAUGGUACAAAAAACAGUCAUCUCAGUAUAUGGAAAAAUGUUAGAUCAAUAUAAAUCUCUGAUUCAAAUACACAGGGUUAUACAAAGUGACUUUGGUAGGAAAAUAUAUUAUUUGCUAUUGGAAGAAAUUUAUGACUAUCAGGUGCAGUCAUUAGUUUCAGGAGAAUUGCCAUUGUCUUCUUAUUCUUACCCCCAAGCUGAUAAUAUCAUCAGAAAUGUGCUUAACCUAAUCACAAAGGAUAGCCAUGCCUUGCCAUCAUAUAUGACUGUGUGGCCUCAUUCUCUUUUAGAAGACAUAAUUUACAGGCUUCUAGUGCAUAACUUCCCUUCAACUCACACUGAAAAUGAACUAAAAGAGGAAGAGAUUUCACCAGAUGAUGAACUUGUGGAUGCAGUUUCAAAAUUGACUGAUGAAAUUAUAAAAGAAAUUUCUGAACAUGAAGUUCGACUUUCCAUGGCAGAGGAUAAUGCAGAAAGUAUGCAGUUAGAACCUAUUGAAAAUUUGGUCGACUCUAUAUGUAAUAAUAUUUUGAAAACUUCUGAAUUCCAAGCUGAAGUACAAAAAGAUGCAGGCAAAAAAGGAUUCCUCAGUAAAAUAGCUGGUUUUAUUAUGAAGGAAAUCAUGUAUCAUCAUUUACAGCCAUUUUUCCAUGGUGAAGAAUCAUCUUUCAGUGACUUACCCAAUCAUGACCAUGUCUCUGAACUUGCUAAAUCUGGUAAAGAAAAGACACAGCCCUCUCUAUAUUCAGCUACAUUGGAAGACAUAAUCAUUAACCUGGUUCACAAAUUUUGUUGUCUCCCUGUUACUGCUGAAGAUUCUAGGAAAAAAGAAAUGGCAGAGCCAGAUAUUAUGGGGUUGGCUCUAAAAUUUGCAAAUUCUCUGAUAAGGGAAUUUAAAAAAAGUCAAAUAAAAGUUUUACCAAAUGCUGAGAAAAUGUUUUCUUUUCCACCAGUUGAUAAAGAGACAGUUGAUAAAAUAUCCAAUUUUGUAUAUGAUCAGUUCAUAGAAAAAUUCACAUCUAAUAAUACUCAGAAAGGUGAUGAAAGUAACAUUGCUAUAGGGAUGAUUGCUUCUCUAGCUCAGAAGGCAAUGUCUACAUUCAAGAUUCAACCACUUUUUUCAGGAGACUGGUCUUCCACCUUCUUUUCAUUUCUAAAUCCAGAUAAUAUCACCCAGAGGGUUCGACAUCUACCACAAAACACCUCUACACAAAUAAGCAGAUGCUUAACAGAGAACCAACUCCCUUUAUCAGAUCAAUCAUAUAAAGAUACUUCUUCCACCUCAGACUGCAAAAGCACAAUGAGCCCUUUGCAAAUAAAUAGAGGUACAGUGAGUAGAAAGAAAAGUUUUAAAACCAAGGACACAUCAAUGACAAAAGGGGACAUCCAAAAUCCAGUACUUGGCUCUACAAAUGCAAUUAUGAAAAGCAGCAUAAUUAAACUGAUAUCAGAGUCAGCCACAGGUGCGACAAAUAAGAAGAAAGUGGAUGGAAAUAAAGUGGGAAUUUGUACUCAAAAACAUAGUGAGAAUGUAUCAAAAAUCACUUCUUUAACUACUAGUGUGAAAAGUAGACCAAAUUUGAGUGAAACAUUUAAAAAUAAUGAAAUCGAGAAGAAAAGAAAUUUAAUUCCAAAAUAUAAAGAAGGGCAGGAUGAUGAGGUACACACACAUUUUCCCUUAAUAAUUGAUAAUAUAGAAUAUGAGAAGGAAGUACUUGGAUCAGAUUCUGAAAUAGGCUAUAAAAAGAAGAUUGACAGUGCAAAAGAAAGAUCAUUUAAAAAAGAUGGGAAGGUCUUUCAGUUACCUUCUUCAAAGUCCAGGAGAAAUUUAAGGACUACAACGGAGACUUUGGAAAUAGGGACUCAAAGCAAUGAAGGGAGAAGAGAGUCUCCAACCCAAACAGAUAUGGAUGAGGAACACCACUCAGAUUAUGAAAAUGUUCAAUAUGUCAUUGAAAAUAUUUAUGGGGAUGUUUUACAACGAUCUUCUCCAGAACCAGCAUAUUAUUCAACACUCAGUUAUGACAAAAGCCCCCCAGGUGAUAAUGCAUUAAAUGUAAUUCAGGAGUCAAGGGAUUCAGCACAGUCUGUUACAACAAAAAACGUAUCCUUCUCAACUAACAAAAAUGUCCCUGCCAAAGAAAAAGAAGAGAAAGAGAGCGAAAAAGAGGAAGUAAGAGAGGAGAUUAAAAGUGAACCCAGAAAACCAGACAGCCCUCAGUACCAACCAAAAAAUAAACCUGGAAUUUUUCCUGCUAAAUUUUUAGAAGAUGUUAUUACUGAGAUGGUUAAAAAAUUGAUCUUUUCUUCUAUACCAGAAACACAAAUACAAGAUAGAGGUCAAAAUGUCCGUGAUGAGAAAAAUCAAGCUGAACUCUAUGACACUGCUAUGAAACUCAUCAAUUCACUAUUAAAGGAGUUUUCAGAUGCUCAAAUUACGGUUUUCAGACCAGACAAGGGGAAUCAGUUUUUCCCACCUGUGGGAAAAGAGCCAACAACAGAUGAAGCACCAUCCAGCAUUAAGAUAAAAUCCGCGGAUAAAAUGCCACCUGUCGAUAAAAUGACAAAACCUUCAGUUAAGAUACCAUCAACUGACAAAACAUUGGUCAAUAAAGUUGUUCACUCUUCUGUUUGUAAUAUUUUAAAUGAAUAUGGAUCUCAAGACUCUAUUUGUAAGAAUAUAAACAGUAAUGGAGAAAAUUUAGCAAGAAGACUAACUAGUGCAGUGAUAAAUGAAAUUUUUCAACAUCAGCUUAACUUGAUAUUUUGUGAUGAGGUUUCAGCUUCAGCAUGUUUGCCUCUGGAAUCUAAGGAUGUUGUUAAAAAGGUCCAAAAGUUGGCCCAAACAGCCAGCAAAGAAUGUCAAACUUUAUCACCAUAUACAAUAAUAUUACCUCAUAAAUUUUUAGAGAAUGUGAUUUCUGUUCUUUUAUCUAAAAUUUUCUCAAUAAUAUCCAGCACAGAAACAAGAAAACUUGAGGACAAUUUGUUCACAGAACUGGAUUUCUUUCAAAUUAAGUUAGUAAGUGCAGUUGCAACAGAGAUCUCCCAAAAUAAACAUUUGAUUAUACAGUAUGUAGAAUCCUUACAAUCUGAUGAUCAUGAAAUUACUCAGUUAGUGGUUCAGUCUGUUUAUAACAAUCUCUUGCUACAGUUUGGAUCACAAGAGAUCAUACAGAAUUGUGUCAUCAGUGGAUGCAAAAUCCUUUCAGAAACCAUAGUUGACUUGGUUCUACGAGAAGUGGCUGGCAAUCAUUUGCAGAGCUAUUUUUGUGGAGAGCUAACUCCACAUCAGUGUGUGGAAGUUGAAAAUAUCCUUAAAGAUGUUUUCCAAACUACUGAUGUGCCCUUACCUAAACCAUCACAUGCUCAUAAGCUGUCUUAUAACAUAAUAGAAGAAAUUGCUGUGAAAUUUUUAUCAAAACUUUUAUCUGUAUUUCCAAAAGUGCAUAAAGAAAAAACCAAAUCCUUAGAAACUGAAAUGCUAAAAAUAACUUCAAAAGUAUUAAAUUCAGUCCAAGAAUUUAUCUUUAAAAGUAAGAUUAAACUUGUAGCACCCACCAAACCUACUGUACCUGUAGCUGAUAAUGCAACUAUUGAAAACAUAGUUAAUUCUGUUUUUACCAGUGUUUUAAAGCACUUUGGUUCUUUUACUUCGAUAUUUAAAGAUUUAAUGGGUAAAGGUAGUGUCCUCUCAGAUAUAAUAGGCUUUUUAUUGGUGAAUGUAAUAUCCAAUUCUGAAUUUCAACCUCAAGUAGAGGAAGAAGUAUCAAAUUCAGAAUUAGUUCUGGAAGCUGUCAGAAUUAUGGAAAAAGUGACCAAAAUUAUUGAUGAACUUAAGUCUCAGGAAAAGUCUUCAUUCAGAAAAGGUUUGACAUUAGAUGUCAAACUUUUAGAAGAGGUGUUGGCCUUGUUCUUGGCUAAACUAGUAAGGUUGCCAAGUUCCUCAAACAUAGAUGAAAAAAACUUAUCAAAGCCUGAGUUAAAUAAAAUUGCAUCUCAACUGACAAAAUCUGUAACAGAUGAAAUUUCCAGACGUAGCAUUAGUCUUGAAAAACACUGUUUAAAUCCAGAAAAUAUAGAAAGGGUUUAUCAGGUUGUUAAUUCUGUUUAUAGUAACAUACUACAACAAUCAGGAACCAACAAAGAACUUUAUUAUGAUAUAAAAGAUACAAACACAGUCUUUCCUAAAAAAGUGGCUAGUUUAAUUAUUGAUGGAGUUUCAAGUUUUCCAUUAGAUAAAAUUGGCUCAAUAAUUUCAAAUGCUGAUCUCUCUGGAGAGCUAGACAUUAACAGAAUUGUUCAAAAGGCACGAGAACAUGCUAUUAAUAUGAUUCCUGAAUCGGAGGAAGAACAGUUAGAUCAAGUUUCAUCUGAAGAGGAAUAUCCUAUUAAAAUAGUUCCUCAUGUUGGGAAAAAACCAGUCAAAAUAGAUCCAAAAAUUAUUUCUGAACACUUAGCAGUUAUUUCUAUAAAAACUCAACCUCUUGAGAAACUUGAGGAGGAGUGUUUGAAAAGAACUGGACGUAGCAUAGCAGAACUGAGAAGAGCCUUAAUAAGUGGGAGAAAUUACUACUCAGAAUCACCGAAUUUAGAAAAUAGAAAGAGAGAAAGACGUACCUCAUUGGAUAAGACUGGAAGACUAAAUGUAAAACCCUUAGAGACUGUUCGCAGAAAUUCAUUUCCGAAUAUAAGAAAGCCUGAUAUUACAAGGGUGGAGCUCUUAAAAGAUGUGCAAAGCAAAAACGAUCUUAUUGUUCGAUUAGUGGUUCAUGAUAUUGAUCGAGUGGAUUUGGAAAACUACAUAAAAGAAGAACUCGAUUCUGAUGAAGAUGAAGUUGUUUUAAGAGAGACUGUGGCAGAAGAAGAAGGCAUCGAAGUAUUUAAAGAUCAAGUAAAAGUCAAGAAGCCAGAAGAAAACAAAGUUUCUCCUAAGUCAGCACUAAGCACUAGCAGACUGAAAAAGCUUUCGUCACUAAGUAAAUGCUGUCAGACCACAGCCAGUGCAAAUACUGAAAGUAUUGAAGCAACCUCAAAUCAGGUAAUAGAAUCUAAGGAGAAACAUGUUAAAAGAGCUGCUGCUGAGCUUGACAUGGCCAUAAAAAAAGCCAUGCCUGAAACAGCCUCUUCAUCUUGAAAGCCAUUGUGUAAGAAAGAAGAGAAGAAUCUUCUUACUGAACCACCACAUUACUUCAUACACAGAAUUAUGAGUUCAUCUUCAUACAACCAAGAAGAUCUCAUUUCAUCUACUGGUGAGGCUGAAGAUUGUCAUUCAGAUCCAAGUGCCAAAAUAUUAGAAGAAAGUUCUCAGGAACAAAAUCUAGAGAAUAGAAGCAGUGUUGAGUUUAUUACCAUCUUUGAAAGAUCCAAGGAUGUUGGCAAUGCAAGUUCUUCAAACAUUUCAGAAACUCCCAAGCCCGGUGUCUCCAAACAAGGAUCUAAAAUGCUGGCAAAAAUGUCUUCAGCUUUGUCAAAGGUGUUUUCUCGAUAUAAUACCAAUAUUUCCAGAUCUUCACCAACUCACCAUGAUGAGCACUAAAGCUUUUGUACCUGAUAUAAGCAUGCUUACUUCUCUUAGAAAAUAAAAUGAUUUUUAAAGCAUA